ACCGGAAAUAAACUUUCUCUUGACUCAUCACUCGUUUACAAACUUCACGACAGUUUCUCUUGUUCGUUUCCCUUUCUCGUGAAAUACAGAGUAGUGAAGAAGCAAGAUGACUUGCAAACGCAGAAACGGUGGACGUGCCAAGCAUGGCCGUGGCCAUGUAAAUCCUGUACGUUGUACUAAUUGUGCACGAUGCGUACCUAAAGAUAAGGCAAUCAAAAAGUUUGUCAUCCGUAAUAUUGUAGAAGCGGCCGCAGUUAGAGAUAUAACUGAAGCCAGUCAAUAUCCAUCUUAUCAACUUCCUAAAUUGUAUGCGAAGUUACACUAUUGUGUAUCUUGCGCUAUUCACUCUAAAGUGGUCCGUAACAGAUCUAAGGAAGCAAGACGUAUUAGGACACCUCCUGUGCGCAACUUCCCAAGGGAUUUACGUCAAGGACAACAAAACAGGAAAUAAUUUUUUUGCUAUGUAAUAGAUUUAAAAUUAAUAUAAAAAUAAUAAAAAAUCAAUGAAAUAAAAA